GUGAAUGGUGCCAUCACGUUUCUUCAGCUGCAUCACCUGCAUGUUGGGAACGAAUCCUUUCUUGAUCCUCCAACAAUUUGCCUACCCACGCUGAAAACAUGAAGUUGCGCGUUAGAGUUGGUAAACGGACCAGUCCUAUGGAGCUGGAAGGAGAGCAGGCCACUCUGACUGAUCUGACAAUCCAAAUCAAGGAAAUUUUUCUGCCAGCUUGUGGAUUCAGUUCGGAUACAGAUUUCGGCCUGUCCUUAAAUGGAAAGGAACCCCUAACUGACACGGGGCAGACGCUAGCCUCCUGCGGGAUCGUUUCUGGCGACCUCAUUUGUGUCAUUCUACCCCAGACGUGCCCAGCACCAGCAGCAGCACCAGCAGAAUCAUCCUCAUCCACAUCACAGGUGCCCACCUCCAGCAGCAAGAUGCCCCAUAAAAUGCAGGAACCUUCCACAUCUACAGCCCCACAACACUCUGCAGAGCCAGGCCCCAGCACUAGCCAGAACAGCUCGUCCAACCCAGACACUGAGGCAGACCUCGAGAUGGACGAAGACGCUCUCUCGGGUCCCUUCAUCCCAGAUCCCAUGCUGUGCAGUGAGGCUGAGGACGGGAAGGUCCCCCACUCUCUGGAGCUGCUGCACCACAGCGCCCAGAGCAGCAGUUCCAACGACUGCCUCAUGGUGGCUCUGCACCUCAUCAUGCUGGAGACAGGCUUCCUUUCACAGGGGACAGAAGGCAGAGCUGGUGAAAUGCCCACAGGGUGGCGAGUUCCAGGGGGCAUGUAUAGGCUGCACUACACACACCCUCUCUGUGAAAACAGUCUGGCCGUGGUUGUGUGUGUCCCUAUGGGCUCCGUGCUGGUCAUCAAUGCCACUUUGAAGAUGAAUGGCACAGUGGACAAUGCAAGGAAGCUGGAGCUGAAAGCAUCGUCCUUUGUGACCGAACACUGGGCAGGUGAAAAUGCUGCAGCUGUCUACAAAGACUUGAGGAAGCUCUCACGUAUUUUUAAAGACCAACUUGUCUACCCUUUGAUGGCAGCUGCUCGGCAAGCGAUGGGCCUCCCUGUGCUAUUCGGUCUGCCAGUCCUGCCUCCAGAGAUGCUUCUGAGGAUCCUGCGCCUGCUGGACGUGCCCUCUGUGGUCGCCCUCUCGGCCGUGACCAGAGACCUCCGCGUCACCACAGAAGACCCCUCUCUCUGGAGGCACCUCUUUCACAGGGAUUUCAGAGCUUGGAGCAGCCAGCGCACAGAACCAAGAGAUACAGAAUGGAAGGAGCUUUACAAGAAGAGAUAUAAGCAGCGCAAAGAGAUGAGUCGCUUCAAGCCCAACCCUCACCCCUGCCAGAUCCCUCCCAUUUACCCGCUGCACCCUCUGCCUGCAUCUCCUCUCCCCAUACCUUUUUACCCCCCUGGCAUCAUCGGUGGAGAAUAUGACCAACGACCUGGCAUUCCCCAUGGUCUUCUGCCCCGGCCACGCUAUGACCCCAUUGGUCCAUUACCUGGUCACGACCCUGGGUUUGGAGUGCCACUUGGACGGCGGUCAGUGAGACCGACUGGGAACAGACCUGCAGAUAUCCGGCGAGGAUUCAUUUGACAUUUGGCACAUCUGUGCACGUAACAUUACUUUUACAAAAAGGCACAUAAACAUCUUCAAGCACUCAAUAAACACUGUAAAACAG